ACGUCCCUCGAGCGGCGUGCCGUAAAAAAACGGGAGAUCGAAGAAAUUUAUGAAGAAAAGCCAAGGGACAGAAUUUCGAUGACAAAAACGGACCAGUUGCAGUAGUUGUAAGGUACAAGUAAUGUUGUCAUGGAUACAGGUGCAGCUUUGAGUAAUGGUGUUGUAGCCCAGCGGCAACAAGCCCUACAGAAAUUUUCUGAUGUCAUAGAUUCAGCAAGCAAAAACCUUGAUGGAAUUUUGAAAGAAAUUGGAUGGAGUAUUGAAGAUCUUCAGACCAAAGAAGCUGAGAUGGUAUGUCCUCUUAACCCAAAUCAUAGAGUGAUUGAGUCCUCUCUUGAAGGUCACAUUGAGAGAUGCAAGUGGGCGAGAGAUGGAUACACCAAGGAAGAAAAGGAUCAUGCAGCAUCUUUGGAGGCCAAUAGCUUCUUCUAUGAAAAUAAAAAGAAUGUUCAUACAGUUGAGCUUGAUAUGAGCAGUCAAAGGGAAAUAAUGUCAAGAUUUGCUGGUCCAUCAGAUAGGACGUUCCCUCGGACAAUGGACCGUCUUGAUGUAGAAUUCAGCCCUGAUGAGAGACUAGCUAUCUAUGAGAAGGUUAGGGAGAAGAGUCAAAUUCAAACACAAGCUGACAUUGAUGACCUAGAGAUAAACCUUGAAACAGAUAAGAAAGAUGAAGAAGACAAGAAGGAGAAAGUGAAAACUCAUUCAGAGGUCCUAGCUGAGAUGAGAGACUACCGACGACGCAGACAGAGCUAUAGAGCUAAGAAUGUCCACAUCACUAAGAAAACCAGAACUGAUAUUAUAAGGGAGAUCAUUGAAUCUAAUAUGAAGUUCUUUGAAGACUCUCCGUCUGCUGUCAAAAAAAAGAGGAAGCUGUCAAAGAAGAAGAGGAAGACAAAAAACAUGAAAGAACUCACUCGAGAUCUAGAGAGGGUAGUACCUCCAGAGAUACAAGGGAUCAUCACCGACGUCGCCGAUCACGGAGCAGGGAUCGAAGCAGAAGAAGAGAUCGGACCAGAUCACAAAGCAAAGAAAGCAAAUCACACCGUCAUAAGCAUCGUCGUCAUAGUAAACAUAAGCAUAAAAGUAGACAUAGAUCACCAUCUAUGGAAGAUAAUGAUUGAUCAGUUAUAGAAUGAUUUCUGAAAUGUUUUUUGUUUCAUAAAAGACUGGCAACUGUUGCAACUUCAGGGGCCUGUUUCAUAAAAGACUGGCAACUGUUGCAACUUUGCCAAUUUGGCAACUCACAUAGAAACCUCAAUUGUGAUUUGCUGCUGAGCCCAGUUGCCAUGGUAGUUGCCAUUAUGGCAAAAUUACAACAGUUGCAAGUCCUUUAUGAAAUGGGCCCAGGUCUUAACAACUAUAGGUGUCUUUAGAACCACAUGUCUGCUUGUUGCAAAUUUUAUAUCAAAUGUUUUCUAAUAAUUAAAGAAAAUGUUGCAGCUAUUUUUUUUUACGAUUAACAUAUAGCUCUCAACCAGAGUCGCAGCUUUGUUAUACCAGUAUUUAUAUUCAUCUGUAUGUGCACUAAUAUGCUGGUAUUACCCAUGUGGAAAAAGAGAAGGAAAUAUAUUCUCCCAUCUUGAGUAAACUUGGGUGGUAUGGUUUUUUUUUUCAGAGAAAACUGUACUCCCUUUAAUUCUUUUAAUUUUUUUUUUCAUUAAAAAACAAAUACCAUCAUAUAAUUUGCAGUUUCAUGUAUACACUGUUAUUUUUUUUCUUAACAUAUAAAAGUAUUUGCCUGCCCGUCCACUUUUAAUUGUAAUUAUUUGUUUACGUUCAUGGUAAUUAUAAUGAAUUCAGUGGUUCAGAGUAAAUGAAUGAAGAAGUAAGAAUUAAUUCUUUAGCAUUUGAUCUAAAUAAAUUCAGCUGCUUAAAAAUUGUGAGUGAAUUAAAUUCAGUUCAAGAAAAAAGUUAGAGAAAGUAGCAUCAUUUGAGUGUAUGUAAUAAGGCCUUUUUAAUAUGGCAUGGCAAACCAAGAAUAUAUUUGCAUGUCAAUGAAUUAUGAAAAGAUCUACAAGUAUAUGCCACCAAGACAGGGCUCACUUUUAUAGUUGCCCGACUGCAAAAACCUGUGAAACAAUUAGAUUAAAUGAUACAGAAAAUAUGUUACAAGGUUGCCAAUGCAACUUUUUUCAGACAUCGCACUGCUUUGAAAUAAUAAGACGCGAUGAAUACAUGCAUGCAAAGUGGGGUGGUUUGAAGUGCUAUAUCUGAAUACUGAGAAUGUGUGUUUGGGAGGGUAGGGUUCCCUGUCAUAUCUCAAUGGGUGGUGGUUCCUAAAGAUCUUUGGAAGUCCCACAUGACUUUAUGUGCAACUGAUGUCCCUUCUUGUGAAAUGCAGCUACUGCUUAUUUUUCCUGUUUUAACACAAAAUUCUUGAUAAGUAACAAACUUUGCAUUCAAACUGUUGGUGUUCAUCCGAACCAUUGUAUCAGUCAAUUUUGGUUAAAAAAAUAAUUUUUUUAGAUUUUUGCAGAAAUCGAAAGUAAAAGUCCCAUUCUAUACAUUUAUUUUAGUUUCUGAGAUCUAUGGGUAUUUUCACAGUGAUGCCAUACAAACUGUUGAUAAAAUGCACAAAUCCCAUUAGAAACAUGUACUGUAGCAAAGCAAAAAACAGCUGCGCGCACUUAAUGAGCGAAAUUGUAAAUGUGUGGUCAGCCAAACUGUCAUAUCGGCACUGCGUUGACUUUGUACGUGAAAAAGCGAUAUGUUUUGACUGAUCGCAUGCAUUGAAAUCACGGUCAGGGUUGUUAUAUCCCUAUGGCGUUUUACAGGGAAAAUCUAAAUCGCUAAAACGAAAAAUUACAAGCAUGUAGCUCUUUUGCAAUAUUUUCUCUGAAUCAUGGUUUUGUGUAAAAAUAAAGAUGCAAUGGUCAAGCAA